CACAGUUAAAACCCGGACGGAUGACUUCACUGUUCCGCCUGGGUUUCCUUUAUGAUCGCGGGAUCUCCCCCAUCCUACAGCACACACACACAAACACACAUCGCUUACACUUUGCGCUCUUUCUCCAGCUGCUUUCCGCCAGGACGCACUGACCGCUUUCGCGCGCGCCCGAAAAAACACCCUGCGCUCUUAAACUACUCGGUUUCACGGAUAUUCGCAGGAUUUGAUCUACUACUUGAACUGGGCUUGCGUCUGUUUCUGUCGUCUGCUAUUCAGUUCGAACUCCUGUAUCAUCAUGUCCGAGGUACUGCCGUACAACGAGGGGAAGAUGAGCGGCUACGGAGCGGACAACGACGUCAGCCAGAUGUCCUUCAGCUGCGGGCUGCAAGACACAAGCUCGUUUUUCGGGGCGUCGCAGGCGAAAAGACCCCCAAAACUCGGCCAGAUAGGCAGAGCAAAGAGAGUGGUCAUCGAGGACGACCGAAUAGACGAGGUGUUGAAGGGAAUGACGGACAAAGCGUCACCGGGCGUCUAAAGCUCAAGCGACGCCUCGCAGACAUUUAAUUUUUAAAACAUCACCGGUUUGAAGCAGUGGUCGGCUGUGCGUGAAUGAGAGAGGACGGAGAGAGACGACGCGCUGCCAAAAGGGCGACAGAAGCGUAACUAGAGAGAGAUGGCGACGAUGAGAUUCAUUCGGCAUUCGCCGGACAUUCGACAAAACGAAAAGCCGAUUUAUAUAUAUAUAUAUAUAUAUUUUUAAAAGGUCUAAAUAAAAGCGUAGCUGCGCAGAAAGUCAUCGACGCUGCCGCGGGUUCCCAUGUGGCUCCAUUAACGACCUCUGCCGCCGCUUUCCACGGUGGACGGACCUGCCAUCACUUCACGACCAUUUUCUUCCAACAUGCGCCGUAUAAGCACUGACCUUAGAGCGCGCAGGACAAAGCACAUCUCGAGCUUUAUUAUCGUGUUUGUACAGUAUCUAAAAAUCGAAAGACUUAUCUUUAAGCCUGUAGCCCAUUUGCGCUUCAAAAAAAGUGAAAAGCGACGGGUGUGAACUGAAACAGCACCUGCGCCCCUGCUCACAGUGUAGAGUGCAUUCCAGCUGCUGCUAGAGCUGUUUAUAGUAGUCUAACACACACACACACACACACACACGCCAAGACAUUUGAAAAUCACACGACCCAGUGGAUGGUGCGAUGUUAAUAUCUUUAACUGUAUAGCCUUCGUAGACAAUUCGUGUUGAUAAGGUAUUAUUGCCCGAUUUUCGUGGUGAUGGCGCGCGAUCCCGCAUCAAGGGACCAUGUUGGGUGUGCAUUAAAUUUUACACAAUGGAAAAAACAGACUCUACGGGAAUAAUAGAUAAUGGCCUAUACAAUGGCCCAAUGUAAUUAAACCUCAAGUUAAUUUUAUCUUUUAAAAAGAUAAAUGGCGCUGUCAAAAAAAAAAAUUGAGUUCUGUUUCUCCACUUCUUUGCAUGAACCUUUAUCUUCGGUGCCAAUGCAGUUGACGUCAUAACUUUUGUGCCGUAUUCACAUUACUGCGGAAAAUCAACGUAGCGCAUGAUUUAAUGACUCCUGCACUGUCGAUGGAGCUGCAUAUAGUUGUAUAUCCAGGUUUGUAAACAUGGGGUGGCAAAGGGAGGGGCAAAGCCAGACUAAGGGGUAGCACCACUCAGUUAUGUAGCUAUAGAAAAACGUCGAGGUUGCAGAAUGUUUGGUACAAAAAUGAAUGGCUAUGUAAUGAAAUGUCUUUAUUGGCCUUUUAGUUGUUCUAUAGUUUCUAAUACUGGAAGGUACUUGUUUAAAAAGGCUGCACAAUCACCAUGAUCAUCUAAAUAAGCUAGAAACGAUUCAUUCUUUUAUAUACGAUUUCCAUAAGUAUUACAUAAAUAGACCUAUAUGUAAUUUGAGGUCAGAAUUGGUGUGGCUCAAUUUAUUUAAAUGGUAGCAAGUGGUGCAGCCGUCAGACCCAUUUGACCUCCCCUCUGACUACAAUGCAAACAGGUAGCAUGUAAAGCUAGCAUCACUUAGGAAACUAUACAUAUAUAGGCUUCUAUUACACAGACAAAUUAAUUUUUAAGCUGACAUUCAGGUUAACUAAAUGACCGUACAGGUUGUUGGAGUUUAUUACCAUAAAAGCUUCCAAAAUUUGUGUUUUCUUUUAAGGUCAGUGCACAGAAGAGUUAAAGUAUAUUUGAAUCUUUGUCAUUCACUCUAAUAGCACAGGAUGAAAAAGGUAUGAGAACAACACUUAAUUCAGGUCAAUGUCCAUGCAAAAAUUUUCCCACAAUGAUAUGAAUACAGCAUCAGUCAUGGCACAUUUUUUAUGUCACUUUUAUAUUUUUUUGCAUCUAAUAUUUAUUAUAUAUAGCCUCUGCUAUUUUACUGUCUUAAAAUUCAACAAAAAUGUUUGUAUCUCUGAAAGGUAUGAGAAGAUAGCACACCUGAAAGGGUUGUUUAGUAUCAGACAUGGGACUUCUUUUUGUCUUUAUUUCUCUCUCUCUCUCUCUCUUAAAAGGGACAUGCCGAAUGUGCUGCGGGGUUUAUUUGCACAAAUCAAUGUUACUACUAUAACUAAGAAAUUGUAUACUGUGACUUGAGCUUCAUUGAUUAAUUUGUUAGAAAAUGGCGACCUUAGAUUCUACUACACUGUUUACGACUAUCCUCAAAUAACACGGUGUUAUUUGAUGAGUUUCUGAGCAUUAUAUCUAUGCGUUUUGCUGUUUAUUUUGUACCAUUCUUAUAAAGAAAUUGAUUAUGGUUUGUUGUGCAUGAAACCAACUUUUCAACAACUCGCAUUGUUUUAUGAAGCAAAGAAGCAACAAAAAUGUAAUCGCAUUCUGAGAAUGAUUCAUUGUAUAUUAUGAUGCCAUUUUCACUGUACUUGGUGAAUUAAUAAAUGGUGGGAAGAAA